GAUGUUAGGGGUGUAAUUCACUGCUUGAAAGCAUGAUAGAAGCAGAAAUCUUCACUUCAUUUAAUAAAUGCCCAGAUGUGAUAUGACCAGCAGUUGCAGAUCUAGUGUUGUAAAGUGGUGCAAUCUUGGGCAGCCCUUUGUAACCCUGGCAUAAACAUGACAACAUUAAGACCACAGACAUAAGAGCAGAAUUAGGCCAUUUGGCCCAUCAAGUCUGCUUCACCAUUCAAACAGGGCUGAUCCAUUUUUCCCCCUCCUCAGCCCCACUCCAGGGCCGCGGACAAUCAAGAACCUAUCAAUUUCUGCCUUAAGUACAUCCAAUGACCUAACCUGCACAGCUGCCAAUUCACCAUCCUCUGGCUAAAGAAAAAUCUCUGUUUUUGUCAGGGCUCUCAAGCAGGGAUCCAAUCGCAGACCUAGUACUGGGCACACAGUGUUAUCAAUUGAGUAACAAAUCCUGAGGUGCAAACAAAGUCGGCGUCAAAGUUCAGACGAAGAUCAAAACAUCCAGAGAAAUCCAAAAGCCAGAAUCGGGAAACAGGCAGAGUCAAUAUUCAGAUGGACAGAGUACAGAUACAAAUGCUGGAAAGGCUCAGCAAAAUUUACUGGCACAAUCUGGCACCAAACAGAUGAAAACACAGGACUAAUAUACACUGAGCAAUAAACAGAGAGGCAGAUGAUCGGUGACAGCAAUACAGGUAAUAAUGAGAAACAGAUGAGAGACGGAGUACUCAGUGAUACAGGGGCCGGAGUAGAGCAGGAGUGGGGACAGGAGCACAUGGCAAUACAAAACCACAGACUGACAGCUAGGGGGAAACACACAAAAAGACAGAGUUCAACUGGAGGUAUUGACAGUUUUAAAUGGAUACCCCUCUAUCUUGAGGCUGUGCCCUCUUGUCCUAGGCUCCCUCACCAAGGGAAACAUCCUUUCCAUAUCUACUCUGUCUAGGCCUUUAAACAUUCAGAAAGUUUCAAUGAGAUCCCCCCUCCAUCAUUCUAAAUUCCAGCAAGUACAUCCCCGAGCCAUUAAACGUUCCUCAUGAGAUAAUCCUUUCAUUCCCAGAAUCAUCCUUGUGAACCUUCUCUUAACCCUCUCAAAUGCAAAUACAUCUUUUCUUAGAUACGGAGCCCAAAACUGUUCACAAUACUCAAGGUGAGGCCUCACCAGUGCCUUAUAAAACCUCAGCUUCACAUCCCUGCCCUUAUAUAGUAGACCUCUUGGAAUGAAUGCAAACAAUGCAUUUGCCUUUCUCACCAAUAAUUCAACCUGCAUGUUAGCUUUUAGGGUGUUCAGCACAAGAACUCCCAAGUCUCUUUGCAUCUCAGAUUUUUGGAUUUUCUCCCCAUUUAGCAAAUAGUCUGCGCAUAUAUUUCUUCUACCAAAGUGCAUGACCAUACAUUUUCCAACAUUGUAUUUCAUUUACCACUUUCUUGUCCAUUAUUCUAAUCUGUCUAAGUCCUCCUGCAGCCUUCCUGUUUCCUCAACACUAACUGCCUCUUCACCAAUCUUCCUAUCUUCUGCAAACUUGGCCACAAAGCCAUCUGUUCUAUCAUCUAAAUCAAUGAUAAACAGCAUAAAAAGAAGCGGUCCCAACACCAACCCCUGCAGAACACCACUCAUCACUGGUAGCCAACUAGAAAAAGAUCCUUUUAUUUCCACUUGCUGCCUCCUACCAGUCAGCCAAUGCUCUAACCAUGCUAGUAACUUUCCUGUUAAUGGCCUCCUUCUGGGUCAUAAUUUUUCUCUGAUUCCUUUGGCCCUACGAACCCUUGACUCCCAUAAAGUCCAAAAAUAUGUCUGUCUCAGUUUUGAAUAUAUUCAAUAAACCUACCUUCACAACUCUGGGUUAAAGAAUUCCAAAUAUCCACAACCCCUUAAGAAAUGCUCUGUCACCAUCUUAAAUGAGCUGUCUCUUAUUCAGAAACUAUGCUCUUUGUUCUAAAUACUUCCAUCAAAGAAUACAUCUUUUCAGUAUUGGAAACAUCUCAGCGUUUACUUUAUCAAGCCCUUCAAGAAUUGUAUAUUCCACUUACAAUUCAUCACCCAAAUAAGACAAUUCAAGCACUACCAAUACCUCAGAUCUGAUGUAGAGCUAUUGUCAUAGUCUCUGCCAUGUUCUCAAGCAGAGUUCCUCUCCCUUAACAUUUCCUCAGCAAAAGAAAAAAUCCUUAUCUUAUCCCGUAUCCUUCUGCCGGGUAAUUUAAAUCUCUGCCUGCUGGAUUUUGACCCCAUGGCUGAAUGAUAUAGUUCCUUUCUCUCUCUUAGAUGAAAUGCUGACUCAGUUUUUGUCUCUCUACAGACACUACUGGCCCUUCUGAGUUAUUACAGUGGCAUGCAAAAGUUUGGGCACCUCUAGUCAAAAUUUCUGUUACUGUGAAUAGUUUAGUGAGUAGAAGAUGAACUGAUCUCCAAAAGUCAUAAAGUUAAAGACGAAGCAUUCUUUUCAACAUUUUAAGCAAGAUUAGUGUAUUAUUUUUGUUUUGUACAAUUUUAGAGUGAAAAAAAGGAAAGGAGCACCAUACAAAAGUUUGGGCACCCCAAGAGAUUUGAGCUCUCAGGUAACUUUUACCAAGGUCUCAGACCUUAAUUAGUUUGUUAGGACUAUGGCUUGUUCACAGUCAUUGUUAGGAAAGGCCAGGUGACGCAAAUUUCAAAGCUUUAUUAAUACCGACUCCUCAAACCUUGUCCCAACAAUCAGCAGCCGUGGGCUCCUCUAAGCAGCUGCCUAGCACUCUGAAAAUUAAAAUAAAUGAUGCCCACAAAGCAGGAGAAGGCUAAGAAGAUAGCAAAGUGUUUUCAGAUAGCUGUUUCCUCAGUUCGUAAUGUAAUUAAGAAAUGGCAGUUAAGAGGAACGGUGGAGGUCAAGUUGAGGUCUGGAAGACCAAGAAAACUUUCCGAGAGAACUGCUCGUAGGAUUGCUAGAAAACCCCUGUUUGACUACAAAAGACCUUCAGGAAGAUUUAGCAGACUCUGGAGUGUUGGUGCACUGUUCUACUGUGCAGCGACACCUGCACAAAUAUGACCUUCAUGGAAGAGUCAUCAGAAGAAAACAUUUCCAGCAUCUUCACCACAAAAUUCAGUGUCAGAAGUUUGCAAAGGAAUAUCUAAACAAGCCUGAUGCAUUUUGGAAACAAGUCCUGUGUACUGAUGAAGUUAAAAUAGAACUUUUUGGCCACAAUGAGCAAAGCUAUGUUUGGAGAAAAAAGGGUGCAGAAUUUCAUGAAAAGGACACCUCUCCAACUGUUAAGCACAGGGAUCAUGCUUUGGGCUUGUGUUGCAGCCAGUGGCAUGGGGAACAUCUCACUGAUAGAAGGAAGAAUAAAUUCUAUUAAAUACAGCAAAUUCUGGAAGCAAACAUCACAUCGUCUGUAAAGAAAAAAAAGCUGAAGGUGAAAAGAGCAUGGCUUCUCCAACAGGAUAAUGAUCCUAAACACACCUCAAAAUCCCUCAUAGUCCCCCAAUCUAAACAUCAUUGGAAAUCUGUGGAUAGACCUCAAAAGAGCAGUGCAUGCAAGAUGGCCCAAGUAUCUCACAGAACUAGAAGCUUUUUGCAAAGAAGAAUGGGUGAAAGUCCCCCAAACAAGAAUUGAAAGACUCUUAGCUGGCUACAGAAAGCAUUUACAAGCUGUGAUACUUGCCAAAGGGGGUGUUACUAAGUACUGACCAUCCAGGGUGCCCAAACUUUUGCUUCAAACCCUUUUUCUUUUUUGUUAUUAUGAAACUGUAAAAGAUGGAAAUAAAAAAGUAAUCUUGCUUAAAAUAUUAAAGUAAUGUCAUCUUUAACUUUAUGCCUUUUAGAAAUCAGGUUUUACUGAUUUACUUUUACUCGCUUAGCUAUUCACAAUUUUGACCAGGGGUGCCCAAACUUUUGCACGACACUUGUAUAGCAUUUUUUUUGGUUUAUAUUUUGUAUCUACAGUAUUUUGGUUUUAGUACAGAUAAACACCAGUAGAUUGUUUGGACAUAUGUUUUGAAUGACUCUGAAAGGCAAAUUAUUUCCAUACCUCUAUUUUUAUCUGAGUGAAAAAAAAUCCUCAUAUCUUCUCUAAUCUGUCUUCUGGUGGUUUAAAUUUGUUUGAUGUUUUGGGAAACUGCAGAAGAUUAAGAAACUGGAGAGCAAGUUUCAGCCACAGACCACAUUUUAUGUGAAAUUCCCUACCCAGCUGUCAGACUCUGAUCUCUUGUGUGACACAAAUUCCAGCAGCAGUUAAAAAUAGCAGAUGCAGUCAGGAUCACAGAAUGGCUGCAGAGUCCGAUCUGUAUAUGCGCUUCCACCAUAUCCAUGGAACUAAUGUGAUACUGGAUAAUUCUCAGACCCAGGCUACCAGGGCACAGAGCUUCGGAAAUGGAGUUUGUUUCAGUAAAGAACCAUUGGACCCUGGCAAGAUCUUCCUUGUAGAAAUUGAAGAGAAAGAGUUAGGAUGGUGUGGAAAUGUAAGGAUUGGUUUGACGGCACAUGAUCCAAGAAAUCUAGAACCAGUUCCCGAGUACUCCCUCCCUGAUCUGGUAAACUUGGGGAACAGUUGGAUUUUUGCAAUAACAAGAAAUCACAAUAAGGUUUCUACUGAUGGCCAUGAGUUGAAUACUGCUCCAAUAUCACACUGUACUAUGGAGGCUUUCCUGCAGAUUGGAAAUUAUAAGGUCCCCAAGGAGAAACUGGUGGGAAGAAGCCGGCCAGGAAGGUACAGUCACAUCUUAGAUCAAUUGUACAGGACAAAUAUUCUUCCGGCAACUGCCAGAGGAAGCAGAGUUGGGGUCUUGUAUAUCAUUCGUGGUAACAUGGGGGAUAUGCAUAUUGUGAUCAAUGGUGAGGACAUGGGUCCAUGUGCCAGAGGAAUUCCCAUAAAUCAGCCUCUCUAUGCUGUUGUAGAUGUGUUUGCCUCCACCAAGUCUGUAAGGAUUAUUCAAGUGGAUUAUGGUUUUCCAUCUCUACAGACUCUGUGCCGUCAGGUUGUACAGAAGCACAUAAUGCACAGACUUGCUAUAGACUGGCUGGACCUACCAGCACUGUUAAAGAAUUACUGCAAAUAUGAAUGAGGCAGUGGUGUUAGGAAAAGCUUUCGAUCAUGUCUCUUGAUAGAUACAGUAAAUCAGCUGGUUUUCUGCAUACCAUUAUGUCAUCAUCCAUACUACUUUUUCUUUCUCGGUUUCUUAUUAAGUCCACAAAUUGUUGUUAACUGCAGACCCAGAUUUACUGGAAUGUGAAACAUAGCCUAUUUUGAACUUUAAGGUGGUAUUGAAAUAUAUAUCCUCACUUCCUGUAAUAUGUCCUAUUGAUAUUCAUAUAGGAGUAAUAUCACCAGUAAAAACAAUGUUCCCCAAAUCUGUCUCUGUUUCACUCCUGCUUCCCUCUUCUGCCUUUAUAUUGAACAAAGGUUAGGAUUUAAGUGAGUUAAUGCAUUGAGUGAUUUGGUGUCCUUUUGUUUUUUUUAAAUAUAAUCUCUUUCUUGUUUCCCAUUAGCUAUUCAUUUUGCUGUUUCAAGUUUAACAACCUUAUUUUUACUUAUUGAUUUUUUGGCUAUCCACUGCUAUUAUUGUCAUAACAAAUUUCAUGAUGAAUCUGGUGUCACUACUGAAUGGUAAAGGCUCCCUGUAUAACUUUAUUCCUAAAAAUAA